AUGGCACAUAUCAGAAGGAAACGCCGGCGAGGGAAGCCCUGCCUUAGCGUGUUCGUGUUUCACUUUUUCUUCGAUAACGUUUGCUUACAGAGACCAGGCAUAUGCGGGCUCGGCGAUGGGGAGGUUGGGCGCGCCGCGGAGGCUGUCGUGGUGGACGAAGCGGGGCGCAGAGGGGCUGGUGGCGCUGUCAAGGACGAGGACGAGGAGGGUCCAGUGGGAGCCGCCCUUGGAGACGGAGGCGUCGGGGUUGUCGUUGACGGGGAGCAGGACGAGGCGCAGCGGGUCGGCGACAGCGGCGACGGAGUCCGGGUCGGGCAGGUUGGAGAGGAGGUAGGGGAUGGAGGGCGGGAGCAGGAGGAGGUCGUCGCUGUAGAGGCCGGCGGAGAGGUGGGCGAAGUAGAAGGCGAUGAUGCGGUCGUUGAUGAAGCGGGGCCCAUGGAGGAUGGCGAGGUCAGAGCGGAUGAGCUCCACGUCACCAUGGCUGAGCACCCACUCCGUGCUCCAAGUCUCGCGGAGGAGGCGCACAGGGUUCUACAGCGGUGA